GGUGCUGGUGGUGUUGGUGCUGGCGCUGGCGCUGGUUUGGUGGGGUCGCAGGGCUUAGUUCAGCGGCUUUCAGCCGCAUGCAUGGAUCGCCCUCGGACGUCGCCCGCGCCUCACGACGACACGACUCCGACUCCGACUCCACGGCAGCCAUGGUGUGAGGCUGCGAGACUGCCCACUGCUGAUUUGUCGUGCUGGCCAUGACUGCAACGACGUGAGCGCGUCAACCACCCCGACCACCCGAAUACCACCCCAACGUGAGCGCCGCCCCGUGGUAACGACACCAUGCAGCCCACGUCGCCCCCCCCGCAGACGCCCGGCCAGCGCCCGUCGCUCGACGAGUACGACUCGGACUCGCAGUCGCAGCCGCCGCGCCGCUCGCCGCGCCACCCGCGCGCGCUGCAGUCGCCCGGCGAGCCCGCGCCCAACUACUCGCGCCCGGCCAUGGCCCACGCCCAGAGCCAGACGUCGCUGAUCGACCGCCACCUGGGCCACCGCCCGCGCCAGCGCUCGCAGGGCUACUUCGAGCCCAGCCUGUCGUCCAUGCGCCCCGACGCCCUCGCCUCGCCGCCGCCGCUGCUGAGCGCGAGCCAGCUGGCCGCCCAGGCCGCCUACCAGCAGAGCGCCCACAUGCGCAAGCGCUCCACCACCAUCCCCGCCCCCGCCGACCCGGCCCCCGCCCGCGCAACCCCGCAGAGCCCGCCGCCGCUGCCCAUGACCUUCCGCACCAACGGCAUGACCUACACCCAGGGGCUGCCGCGCGCCGCCGCCUCGGCCGCCACCCAGGCCUUCCCCACCAGCCCGCUGAUGUCGCCGGGCUACGCGGACCCGCCGCCCGCCUCCGUCCAGGCCUCGCCGCGCCUGGCCGCCGCCACCCCCGAGCUGGUGCUGCAGAAGGCCCCCAAGGAGAAGAGCAAGAUGAAGCUGUUCUCGUCCAAGCCCAAGACGGACGAGAAGCCGCUCGACAAGAAGCACCAGCCGCUGCCGUCGCCCGGCAAGAUCGGCAUCGGCAUCCACAGCUCGCACGCCCUCAACCGCGUCAUGAACCCGUCGACGACUAGUUUGCUGGAGUCGCCCGCCACCAGCAGCGCCGCGUCGCUGUACUCGUCGGCCAACGUCUCCACCUCGACCCUGGUCCCCAAGAGCGAGAAGGAGAAGCACAAGCACCACUUCCUGUCGCGGACAAAGGCGAAGCUGAAAGACAAGGACGACCAUGCACUGCCGUUGUCGUCGGUGAACAGCACCUCGCGGCCGACGAAUCCCAACGCCCCCGAGUCGCUGUACAACUUCGCCCCGUCGUCGCCGCUGCCGGGCAGCUCGUUCCCGAGCUCCGUGACCGGGCUCGACCUGCGCCACGCCGGCCGUGGGCUGCGCGAGGCCAAGAAGAACGCCAAAGCCGCGGCAUACCUCGGCGACAACCUCGACCCCAGCUACACCCAGCGCCCCUCGUUCAGCACCGACCGCUCCGAGUGGCCAUCCCUCGCCAGCAGUCUGAGCAACACCCCCGGCGCCUCGGCCUCGGGCACCUCGAUCCCGCACACCGCCGAGAUGCUGAACCUGGGCUCGUCGUUCGGCAUCAACGGGCUCUCGCCCGACGACGCCUGGCCGCUGCUCAAAGCCCGCGUGCUCCAGAUCUUCGAGGGCGAGGACCCCCGGCCCCCCGUCGAGGACUUCAACGCCCUCGUCUCCGUCCACGUCAAGCGCUGCAUCCAGAAGCGCUCGCCCAUCCUGCUCAUCGAGGACCUCAACGAGCUGCUCGCCACCGGCUUCUCCUCGCUCGACCAGACCCUGCGCCACAUCCCAGACGAGCGCCUGAUCCCGCCGCUCGUCGAGAUCUGGCUCGUCGUCUUCACCUCCAUCCUGCCCUUCCUGCAAGCCGUCUUCUUACCGCUCGACCUCGAGUUCCGCGGCACGGGAAUCAUGUCCAGCACCCAGGCCAGCGAGUUCUGGGGCGUCGUGCUGCCCGACGAAAUGUCCAGCCGGUCACCCACACACAAGAACGUCCCGUUGCUCGGCGAAUUGGAUGUAAGACGUAUCACGCUGCUUGCGUUCCGCGACGCGGUGAUUCUGCCCCGCUACGACGCGCUGAUGGCGGUCUUCUCCCGCCUCGCACUCGACACGCUGAAUCCCGGCCCGGACCCCCCCGCGCACGACGCCCUGCCCGCGCGCUCCCGCGCUACCUCCGCCGCGAGCGCGGGCUCCUUCACGCCCUCCUCCGCCUCCGCCCCCGCACACGCCCACGCGUCCGCCCCCGCUGCCAUGGACUCCGCGAAAGUCACAGAAACAGUCGGCAGAAUGCUGCAGUGCGUCAGCGUCCUCGUGUCGCUGCAGAGCGGGGAUGAGCGCCAGGAGCGCAGUGUCAGGCUCGGGAAGGAGUUGAAGUACAAUUGGCUCGGGCGCGGGCGCACGGGGCGGCAGCGGCAGGGGUUUGUGGGGCCCAGGCGCGGAGGCGGACUGCCGGUGGGCGGGCUGGCGGGGCUGGGGUUGGGGGAUGUUUUGGUUGAGGGGGGGGUUGCUUAG